GGCCUGCCCAGGUUUGAUUCCAAUGUCAUUCACCACUAAUUGGCUACAUGGAUGUGGCCCUCAAAGCACUUCAGUCUCGCUGUGGUUGAAGUUGGAGUUUCUCGACAAAAAUAAUUGCUGGAGUCGCCAACCUCUCACCUUUUCUCAAGGGAACAGCUUCGACUGAACGAAGCACUUCACUGCCCAGUUUCGAAUACGGGAGCAAACAUGGAUCCAGUAAUCGAUUUGUGGUAUCUUUUUCCUCAUCAAAAAUACCCUGAUGAAUACAGGUUUCUCUUCAAGGAUCCGGUCACGGCCGAUCAGGCAGAAUAUCGAAAUAAAUUUCUAGUUGUACUCCGGAUUCUGAGAUUCCUGAGGCCAGAGCAGCCGCAACUCGCUCUAGUUCCUGACCCAGAUGGCCGAAAUCUGGACCUCCCAGAAUUUCAACUGACCUUUGACUGGUUUCGGUCGUGGCUUAGCCUGCUUCACCGAGGAUCGUUGCUUCCUCGCCUCCAGGAAAGAACGCAAGACAUUCUAGAUCUUCGGGGGAAGCUUGAUGCCAUCGCCAUAUUCGCUAGAAGACUUUGUGAAAACGAAAGGGAGCGUCUUCCAAAAGGCUAUGAUAUUCUCCUCGUGAAUGAGGAUAAUAGGAUAUUUGUGGAACUUUUCAAAGAACUAAUUGUGCAACUUCGAAAGACGCUUGGUUGGGUCCAAAUCUCUGAAAUUCCUUCGGAGUACGACUCGUGGCGGCCAUUGCUGCAGCUGUGCGAAGCGGAAUUUUACUUUGAGCAAAAGAUGCAGCGCACACAUGUUGAAGAUUGUGUCAUCUGGAAAAGGAUAAAGCUCAGCGAAUUCUCUCGACAAGACUAUGCGCUUGAAGUUAUCCAAUCCAUCAACGAAGCGGAACGGAGCUCAUUCUGGAUACGGCAGCUACGGCAACAUGGUUUCAAGCGUCCCUGGAAACAGCUUUUCCUUGUCCGCGACGACGGCGAGGGCGAGAUUCGGCCGCUGAUUACCGAUCUUCUUGUCCAGUGGUGCGAAAGGGAAACAGUUAACCGGGCACUGGAUGUUCGAUUCAAGCGCGAAAUCCAUCUCAGCGGAGUUGAUUGUGCCGGUGCUUGCUUGGAACCAUUACUUCCCGGUGAAUUAAUCAUGGAACUCCAUUGUGGACAUUUUGGCCAUACGGAAUGUCUGUUUGGGUACUGGGACUCUGACGAAAAAGUUUCGUUCCCGUGUCCCUUUUGUCGGCAUGAUCCAGGACCUAUACUCAAGAAGAUGAUACUCGAUGUCCCUGGCUCUAAUAUCAACAGAGAGUAUCACAGAACCGAGAGACAACUGGAUCAUGAUGCUUACGAAGAUUUCAUCAACAUCCUAAAUGUUGACAUGCGGUACGUGAACACGCAGUAUAUCUUUCCGCCCGAACUCCGGCAAAGGGCAUUACGCCACCAAGCCCGUCUCGAUACCGAGGAAGAAGAGACACGGGAACGCCGCGCCAGUGCUGCCGCUGCGGGCGCUCUCUGGGCGACAGACCCAUCUACGACUGAGGGCCGGCGAUUUCGACUCUAUCCGAUGGAACAGGAUAACGACCCGCCCGAAGCUGAGGAGGGAUUCUGGUUCGAUGAUGCCUAUACUUGGCUUGAAGGCAACUUUGAUGAGUGGAUUCGCAGUACAGAUCACGAGUCGUGGUCGUCGGGUAGUGGUCCCACACAGGAUGCGAGACCGCAUGGGAUGCCAGCUCAUCUAUGGCGUGUCUGGAGAGAGUAUCGUCAAACAGUCGAACGCGACGACGAUAUUUUCAUCUUUCUCUUCUUCUUUUUAUCGAAGCGAUUCGAUGGCGAGCUCGACGAUGUGACAAUUGAAGACGUUCCUGGGAAUCUCAGAGACUGGUGGCGGCAGUGGGAUAAUCCCUUGCAGACCAUUUACGACCUUUUUGAGCGUGACGUUUAUAUUCCAGAUACUCGAGACGAAUUUGAGCAACGCUAUGGCCCGCGUUGGGUCGCGCCACAGUAUACCGAAAGCCCGUCUGAUGACGAAUCUUCUGCGGUUUCAACCGAGAGGUCUUCAGCCUACGAUCCGAAUGACCCGGACGUGGAAAUGUCAAGUGACUCCGGGGACCAACUGCUCCCUAUAGACCUUUCGGACGAGGAAAUGCAGGAUGUGGAAGCGCAAGAGGAAGAAGAGAGGGAGGAGCAAGAGCAACUUUCGCAGCAGCAAUGGCGUCCAUUUUUCAACGCCUUUUUUAAAUCGGGAUACCAACCUGUCAACCCGCUCUUUCUUCAGGAGCUCAGGGCUCUCACGACUUCAGAGGAUGAUGGUAGCUCAGCUGAUUUUGCCAACGAAGUCGCCGAGUUUGCGGACGAUGCAAAACCUCUUGUGACUUCUGCUGUGUCCGCUCAACGACGUCGUAACGCUCGCCGUAGCCGCCGCAGUGGCGAUGAACAUGUCCAUUUCGCUAGCCCCAUUGUGGACAAUGAUGGCCUUCCUGGUCGAAAUCUUAGCCCCUCCAGCGUCAGCGACAGCGGCAGUAGUAGCAGCAAACGCGGAUUCACGAAGUCGAGAGGUAAUUUCUGGGAUAGAACGGGGUAUCUUCAGUACGGGUGGACAAUCGAGGGCAUAUUACCAACCAGGGUAAGGUAAGCAAUAGUUGGAAUUCUUUUCGGGGGAGUGGUAUCGAUUGGGGAAGGGUAGAGGUGUUUGUUUUGCGUAGAGAGACCUUAUUGAUUUAAUCAACACUGCAAUUGAUUUAUUUUACUGGUUGUUAAAAAAGACAAAACAUUAAAUUUUUGAAUGCCU